AUGACGAGCUGGCUGCACCGCUUGCGCACAGAGAUCGCGCCCACCCAGCAGCCCCAAACGACCACGACUCCACAGACGCCUUUGACGCCUCGGGCCGCAGCGCGAACCAGAGACCCAAACACUACUCGAUUCAACAUCAACCAGAAAUGCAUCUACGAGCGUCGCCUUCCUGGCGGAAGUUUUAUUACCGCUCAUAUACAACGGCUACAGAGCGGCUACUAUGAUUCGCCCCUCAUCCAUGAGGACCGGAUCGAAAAUGUAAGGCUAGUUGCGAUCAACUUUGUCUUUCACCCGAGUCGAAGUCAUUUCCGCUUCAAGUCCGCAGAGAUCAGUAUAGCCUUGCAUCGAGAUGGCGACGAGGGGCGGCCUGAUAUUGCUAUACCUGUCUCAUUGCGGAAGCUAGCAACUGACAGUCAAAGCUCUGGCUCCUUGCGCCACGAGCCUCGAAACGUCGCCGGUGCCUACGACUCGCAAGCUCUGAUUCACACACCCGGUACCAAGGCGGCUGGCUACCAACGGCAAACCCAGCACUCAACGCCUCCCCGGUUCCUUCGCCAUGCACCGCAUCUACUGUUCGGAGCUAUCUCUCCAGAAACACUGGAUUGGAACUUCAAUCUGGCAGGCAGCCUCGGUGUCACGCAAGGUCCUGCUACUGCAAGCUUCAAUCCUUCGGGAGGCUGGAAGGGAAGCUAUAAGUUGUAUGAAAUGAUGCGGAUUCAAGGCUCAGUACGAGCACUGCAUCGCUGGUUCGAUCAAACGUACGAUAUCGAGGAUGGGCAAGUGGUGUGGACGCUCGAGGAGAAUCGUUUGCAGAAGAGCGGUCUGCCUCGAGAAUUUACCUUUGUCUUGCUCCUGACUAAGGGCAGUGAUGAUGUCGCGGACGGUCUGGGUCACGUCAAGCUGGAUCUCGACAUCAAGCCGGUGGUGUCUGGGUUCAUGGGGAUCAGCAACGCGAGCUUUCCUAGUCCGCUUACCAAGACGUUGCGCUAUCAGCCUCUUCACAAGGACCUGGUCAAUCUUGAUGUGGAUGUUGGACAAAGGUUCGAGCCUGAGAUCUCCGGCCAAGGUUUCAAUUUCGCUUUGUUGGAGGACGAUUUUGAUCAGUUUGUGUGGCUGCCUGGCACGACUUGGAGCACGAAGGAGGGUGGCACGACGAAGGAAGAGGCUAAUGGUCAGACAUCGUCUGCUAUUGGUGCUGAAAAGUCGCCAGACGGCGAUCGGAAAGGCCAGGGCAACGCGAAGCUGAAGCCUGCGACCGUUCCGCCUCAGCUCUCGUUAUUGGGUACUGCCGACAACACGUUGAACCUACGUGUCAUUCUAGACUCGGCUCGUGGCAGUCCGAUACCAGCACUCCCGUUCAGCAAUCUGAAUCUCAAGACUCAACCUCCUUACCCGUCCAGUCGAGGCCCAUCGCCUGCAGUCCUGGCUCCAACGUCAAUCACGUCGUCCAGACCGUCACAGUCGGACUCGAAGCGCCGAUCGAUCACCAUCGUCUCUGAAGCCAGGCCUUCCGGCAGUCAUCAUUCGCCGCAGUCGCCGAAGCUAUCCAGCUCAGGACCAGGACUUGAUUCGACAGGUGACCCGCUCACCGACUCUGCGGCGGCGCACCUCUAG